AUGAGCGCAACGGUGCAACCCUCGGCGGUGGCGCGCGGGUGGGCGGAGAGGCGUGGUUUACCCCCGCGACGCGUUCGCAGGAACCACGCCGGCCGCCUGGCUCCCCACUUCGCCAACGUCAGACCCGCGAAGUUCGUCCUCAGCAGCGGGGGCGGCAUGGGCCUGCGCGAGGGCGCCCCGGAGGAGACGCACCGAGAUUCGCACCAACCGCCCCUCCCCUCGGCGGUCUACAACCCCAACCAGGGGAAGACCAAGGGCGACGACGAGAUGCCAGAGCUCUUUAACAACGUCGUGCACGAGCGCGGCGGACGGAUCCGCGCGCACGCGUCCAAGUGGGACUCCCUUCGCGACGAGCUCGGCGCCGCGAAAACCUCCUUCGGCAUGAGCCUGGGCGACCCGUUGGGCAAGAAUGCCGCGUCAGCCGGGCCCAAGGUAUCGACGGAAGCGACGCGGGGCGACGGCGAGACCGCGGACGAUACCCCUCCCGCGACGGGUAAGGCGGCAAAGCCCGCGGAAGAGCUCGAGGAGCUCUUGAUGUCCAAGAUGAGGACCACGCGCCCGACCGGCGAGACGAAGAAGUCGCAGCAACCCGCGAAGGCGAAGAAGGAGGAGCCGAAGAAGGAGAAGAAGGAUGCGUUCUCAGCAGCCGUGGAGAUCAAGGCGAAGGAGCGCGAGGAGAAGGAGAAGAGGGAUAAGAACAAGACGACGAAAAGGAAGGACGAGAAGGACGAGACGAAGCGCGUGCUCGCGUUCGAGAAGAAGGACUGGACCAGGACCGUCGUGGAGGGCGCCGAGGUUCUCUUCCUCUGCGCGGCUGGCGGCAUCAAAGCCGCGCAGGCGUUUGCGUCUCGACGCGAACUCGCCGCGCGUUCCACCAAGCGCGUCGCGAGGAACGGGACCGCGACGGUGGCGGUGGCGGCAUCACCGACUCCCGCGCGUCCCCCGCCCGCGGCCAUCGCGCAGUUGGGCUGGGCCGCGGACGGCGCGCUCAUCGGCGCUCUCGCCGCGAGCGCGUUUCUGCGCAGGACGGGCGCGAGCAACAACGUCGUCGGCCGGGUGGUGGAGGGAUCCGUCGCGGUGGCGGAGACGCCCGCGAGCGUCGGCGUCGGCGCCGAGUCGGCACCCGUCUCGGCAACCCUCUCGGCACCCGCCUCGGCACCCGUCGUGGACCCCGCGGACCUCGAGUCGGUCAUCGCGAGGGUUCGCGCCAAGUCCCGGCGCCUUCGCGACGAGCUCUCCAACUCUCGCGUGGAGGCGGCCAAGGCGGCUGAGGCUGCCGUGAAGGCCGCCGCGGCCUCCCCGGGCUCCUCCGCCGUGGAGCCCGACAAGCUCAAGGACGUUCUGAAGGCUGUGAACCUCGCCCUCGAGGAGAAGGACGAGAUGGAGAAGGCUGUGCAGCUUCAGAAGGCUGCGAUGGAGGCGACGGCGCGAGCCGAGGCUGCGGAGCGCAUCGCCAAGGACAACGCGGAGCGAGCCAAGAUGGCGGAGGAGCGCGAGGAGAAGAUCGCAGAUCGGUUCUCCAAGGAAGCCGACCGCGCGCUCGAGUCCCUGCGAUACCUGUCGUCCCUCAAGGACCAGCAAAGCCAAAUGGAGACGUGGACCACCGAGACCACCGUUCGAAGAACCGGGCCCGGUCCCUUCCCCCCGGGAUUCAACCCGGAUACCGCGGCGGCGGCGGCCGCAGCAGCAGCCGCCGCCGCACAGCAGCAGCAGCGGCAGCAGGUCCAGCAGCAGCGGGCUAACUCCCUCGGCGCAGGUCAGGAUAGGGGAUACAUCGAAGCUUUCGACGUGGAGAUUGGCCGCGACGUCGAGGCGGAGUGGCUCGGGUCGGAACCCGACGCCGAGGUCGAUUCCGACGACGAGGAAAACGUUCGGCGCGGCGUGUGA